UGUUUUUUUGAAAACUGAAAACUACUCUCAAAGCAAAAACUCAAACCCCUCAAAAAGGAUCCAUUUUCAAACACCAAAAACUCCGAUGUCGAAUCCCCCACCGGCCGCCGGGAACGGCGGCGAAGACGGAAGCAAAAGUGAUCUGGAGAAGACGGUGGCGAAAACCGCCGGGUUCGUCGUCUUCUCGGGAAUCGCGAUCAGCAUUCUUAAAGCCCUCAACCCCUUCAACGGCAGCACUCCGACGCUCAGUGAGAAGCCUCUCACUAAACCUCCGCCGCCGUGCUGUCGUUCCUCUCAGCAGCCACGGCUUCUUCAGGCCCCUGUUACUGCAUCAGUGAAACCGAAUAUGACGGAGGCAGUGGAACAAAAUGUGGUCGAAUCUACAGGGAAAGCUGUGGAGAUUGUGAAGGGAGAUACACUUUGGGGCUUGUCAAGAAAAUAUGGGGUACCUAUCCAGGAAAUUAAGGAGGCUAAUGGGCUUACAAGUGAUACCAUAUAUGCUGGGAAGAAGCUUGUUAUCCCUUAGUAUGAUUGCUCCUUUGCAAUGGUGACUUUGUUGAUCUUGGUUUUUCUUUCUUGAAGUAGGUUAUGUUUAGAAUGUUUUGGCAAUGGUGACAUAGUUCAUCUUGGUUUGUUGUUCCUUUCAUUUUUCAACAACUAGGUUACAAUUAGAAUGUUACACUAUAUUAGAUGUGUUCUGUAUCUUGUAUGAAAUGACAAUGUUUGGGCUAAAUGUAUGAGAAGUGAAUCAUUUUGUA